UUGUUGAAUGUUGGUUUAUUUCGUUGUGCCUCAUUUUCAAAUAGAGCUCAGUAUAAAUAUGGCACCGGUGCACGCUUUAAUUACAGAUGCUUUGGGAUUAAGUAUUUCGCAUAAAUCUAUAUUUUCCGCUAUUGGCAAUGAGGCAUUUUUAUACGAUGGCAAUUCGCGAGUACAGCUGCCACAGAGAUCAGCUCAGAAAAAAGUGCAUGGAUUUGCAAUGAGCCGGGCUAAUGCUUCCACUCGCCUUUUACUGCUCCACAGCGAGACGGAAUUUUCUCUGUACAAAUAUGAUGCUGAUAAGAAUGAAAUGCCCUUCCAGCUGCAAUAUGUAGGCGAGACUCAAGACUGGAUUAAUGCAGCAAUAUUUCUAGAUAAGAGCGAAUCUAAUGAAUUUGUACUACACAUGUCUCAUGGAGCAAUAUUGCAACUACAAUACAAUGUUGACACAAAGUGCCGGAUAUUAGAAUUGGCGUGUUGCACUGAUUAUUCCUUGCUCUAUCAUACGCUUUUACAAGGCUCACAAUAUGACGAACUGAUGAUUAUAAGUGGAAAUGGAUUUGGAGAGAUAUUGAUUUGGCAGCCCCGCGAUCCCGUUAGUUGUGUUCCAACUAAAACGUAUCCACUUCUGUGGCGUUUAAAGGCACAUAAUGGAGUUGUAUUUUCUAUAGAUUAUCACUUGGCUUCUGGAUUGAUGGUGACUGCCUCGGAUGAUCGAUCUUUAAAGUUUUGGCAAUUUCCGGAAGAGAAACAGCAUGCAAAAGAAGCCGUUAGACCAUUGUUCAGUUGUUUUGGACACACUUCACGUGUUAUGUGUGCUAUUAUCAUAGAAUAUGGAGGACGAAUCUUUGUUAUAAGCGGAGGAGAAGAUUCAUACAUUUGUGUUUGGAGUCAAGCGGGAGACAUGCUAUUCAAGCGGCGCCAACAGCUUGGCGCUCCCAUAUGGCGAUUAGGUUUUGACUCUGACAGCUGCACAGUCUACAGCACCGGCUCCACAGGUAACCUUGCUUCCUAUAAUCUACACAAUGUUCUUAUGGAUAAGCAAACGGAAUUAACACGAUUGAUGCCAAAGAUUUCCGUAACUGAGUUUUUCAAACAAAUUAAAUAUUUGGACUGCAGCUCUUCAUCAAUCAUUGGAUUAAGUAGCAAGAAUCGCUUGUUUUACACUACACAAUCGACAUGGACAACGAAUAGCAUUGAUGUUUGGAAGUUGGUUGAAAUUGAUAUUCCCCCCUAUAAAAUUACAAGCUUAACUGCAAGUGAUGGAAUUGCGGCAAUUUGUGGUUAUCGACGCGUCACACUUCUCAGAUACAACGCCGAAACGGAUCACUUUGAAAAACUCUACGACAAUGGCACAAUUCUUGAGGGUCUGAUCAAAUCAUUUCAUUUUCUAAAUCCACACAAAUAUCUCAUCUCUGACGAAUUUGGCAACAGUCGCUUACUUUCGUUGGAAACAAGUACAAAUUCAAUGCAAAUUGAAGGAAGUUUUCGCAUUUCGAAUGGUCGUGAACCAUGGAUAACAGCCGCAUUGCUUGUGGCAUCGAAAUAUUUAUUGUUAAGCACCCGUAACGGACAUGUUAUGCUCUAUACGCCACAGAACGAGUCGGAAUCACAUCUUUAUGAAUUAAAAGAUACUCUUAAAUCCUUGCAUGGCAACAUGGGCUCGAAUACCUUCAAGUUGUUGAAUAGUGAUGACCACUCCGCGCACAUCCUCAGCGUCGGACACGAGCCAAUUAUAAAAGUUUUGCGCAUAUGCUUGAUCAACAGUAAAUUAAGCAUACUGCGACGAGAGUGCGUCCCCUUGGCAUGGGUGGAAGCAUCGCCCAGACUAGAUGUAUUGAUUGGAUUCAAUGACAAUCACCUUGUGGCAUGGUCCCGUCAAAACGAUGUGCUAUUGCAGCUAGAGUGCGGUGGUGGCCAUCGAUGCUGGGAUUAUCAACUGACGGCCAAUCAACUAAAUAUUAUAUAUAUCAAGCAAAAGCAGGUCUAUUGCCACAGCCAGCCACUUUACAAUGACUCACCUGAGCACUUACUGUCCUCGACGUCACAAAGUCGAUGGCACAAACGCAGUUGCAACAUCAUGGCACUUAUACAUCCCAAGGAUGACCGGCCAUUAUAUAUGUUAUCGGCUGGCGAUGAUAAUAUCAUUAAAAUCAAUCAAUUUUGCGGGGAUUCCCCUAUGCAAAUAGGUGAACUGCAUACGCACAUUUCAAGCGUACGAAAUCUAGCAUUAUAUCCUAUCACAGAGGACAUUGAUUGGCUUAUAUUUUCUGUUGGAGGGCGAUCGCAGUUGUGCAUCAAUCGACUCAACUUAAACGGUCCAAUAAUUAGUGAAUUAUGUUCUCAUAUUAUUCGAACAAAUACUAAUUCCGUUGAUGCCCGACUGAUGGCAAUUCAAGUUUUGCGAAAGACUGCAGCAAAUGGAUCAUUUUCUUUAUACUUGGCGAGUGCGGAUGGAAAAGUUCGUUUACUUCGCUGGCAUCUGGAAAAACCUUCAGAAAUACACGUGGAACAUCUAAUCGACGUUGAACGUUGUCCUCUUCAGUUGCAAUUGGAUAAUGCCAAUAACCUGUUGCUAAUUACAACCACAAAUGGCAUGCUUUAUGGAUUCGAUCUAAGUCUUCGAUUGAAACAGUUUCAGCAUCAGCUGCACACAGCUGGAAUCAAUUCAUUACGUGCCGUAGUCGACGACAACUUUGUACACGUCUUAUCCGGCGGCGACGAUGAAAAUUUAAAAUAUACAAAAAUUAAUUUAACUGAUAUGAAUAUAAAACUAAUUGCCGAAUUCCCCCACUUGCAUAAUGCCCAAAUUAACGCUUUAACUCCUCUAUUUGUAUGUCAAAACGAACUCUGUGCCUACACAUGUAGCGAUGACAAGCAAAUAUUUAAAGUGAACUUAAGUACUAGAAAAUGCACUCGGAUUGGUUUCACUUGUAUUUCUGAUAUAAAAGGCAUGCUGCUCUCUGACAACAACACAAAUAUGUAUAUUUAUGGUUCCGGUCUGCAUGUUUUGUCUCUGGAUAAAACUGAUUGUUGAAUAAUAAUAACGUUUCACUAUACCAAAGCAAUAA